AUGGGUUCCCUCCCAUCCCCUUCGUCACACUCCACGCCGCCUUCAUCGCCGGAAAACUCCACUUCACGCCCUCAAAUCUAUGUCUCAGUUUGCUUCAGAGAGCCAGCACCUAAUGUAAACAUAUCUACUUGGAUAGACUCUUUCAAUCCAUGUAACAAUACUUGGAGUCGUGUCACCUCCAUUCCUGGCCUAGAGGAGAAUCUUGUUUUGAAGGAUUUUGCCAUGAUAUCAAUCGGAGACAACAUUUACAUCAUCGGCGGCCGCCUUUGCAAGAAAGAAAUCGCCCACGUCACCGACGAAUCGGCCGACAUUGUGGACAUGAACAUCCAAGUCCGGUCAACGGUUUUGUGUUACAAUGUCAUCUCCGAACAAUGGACCGAGUGUGCACCGCUUCAUGUACCACGAUACACUUUUGCUUGUACGGUGUAUGACAACAAGAUCUACGUGGCUGGGGGACAGUCCACCCGGGAUAGCACUAGGGGUAUCUCAUCUGCUGAAGUGUACGAUCCGUCGCUUGACAUGUGGACUUGUUUACCAAAUAUGAGUACCUUGAGGUAUAAAUGCGUGGGUGUGACUUGGCAGGGGAAAAUCCACAUCGUUGGUGGAUUUGCGGAACGGGGUGACUUGGACCGAGUCGUCUUGCGUAGCUCUGCUGACGUGUAUGAUACCGAGGUUGGAAAGUGGGACCACAAGUCGGGGAUGUGGCAAUUGGAUGUCCCACCAAAUCAGAUUAUUCCGGUGGACGGGAAAUUAUUUAGUUCUGGUGACUGCUUAAAUUCUUGGAAGGGUCACAUUGAAGCAUAUGAUGGAAAGGAGAAUAUUUGGUACAUAGUCGAUGGGUCACAGAGAGAAAUUCUUUCAUCCCUAGCAUCCACAUCGUACGGUGACGAAGAAAAUUGUUCAUCCAUCAAACGUUUUUACCUUACAGUGGCAUCAAUUGGGACCUACUUGUACUUCUUGGCGGCUUAUCGGAAGGCUGGGGAUUCAUCAAGGACCAUAUGGAUUGUACACGUAUUUGACACGUCAGCAAGCGGCGACGCGUGGAAGGGCCUUGAGCCGAUGGUGUUGGACGGAGAAAGAGAGCUCUGUAGUCAUUGUUGUGUUGUUCAACUUUCUUAAGACUCUCCGCUUACCUUACCAAAGGAAAAAAUUAAAAAAAAAUUAAAUAAAAAAACUUGUUUUUUUUAUUAAAGAUUAUAUGUCUUUAUCUCUUUAAAUAUAUUAUAUGUGAGGCAGAUAAAAAGAAGUUGUUUUGUCAAAAAAUAGUAAACGAGUUAGAUACUUUUCCA